CAACAACUUAUUUAUGUUGGUGAAGAAAAUGGAAAAUUAACUGCUAUACGGCAAAUGAUUCAAGAAGGUGGAUUGAAACCACCUGUUCUUAUUUUUGUUCAAUCAAUUGAACUUACUGAGUUGAUGGUAUGUGGUAUAGAUUUUAAGGGAGUAAACUUGGUUAUAAAUUAUGAUUUUUCACAAUUGAUACAAAGUUAUAUUUAUAGAAUUGGUAGAACUAGUAGAGCUGGUAGAGCUGGUUCAGAAUGUAAGGUUCCUAAUUGGAUACUUGAAUUGAAAAAUCCCUCAACAGAAUCCAAGCAGCAAUUAUGUAAAAAACCCAUUAAAC